AUGCCACGCACAACCGCGGCGGCGGCGCGGCCGAAGGAGGCGCAGGCGACGAACGAGCCGGCGGAGGCGAAGGAGGCGAAGGAGGCGCAGGCGAAGGGGCCAGUCAUGUCCCGCGCGGCGCGGCGGCGGGCGAAGAAGCCGCCCGUGACUGUGACGUCGGAGAUGCGGGAGGCGGCGCGGGAGCGGCGCCGUGAGUUGCGCAGGCACCUCCGCCUGCUGAAGUCCAACGGGGCGCGCCGGAAGCUCGCCGCGGCGCGGGCGAAGAAGCGGGGGCGGGAGACCACCGCCGCGGAGGAGGCGUGCGCCCACCUCGGCGAGGGCGCCAGGCCGCUGAAGAGGCAGAGACGCGAGUAA